GAUUCCUUCGUUUCCUCGAAAGGGGAAAUAAUCGUUUAAUAAUAAACGAGUAUCGCGUCGAUGACGACAUUUCCCUCGAGGGAUGUAUCGUCGAACCUUCCUCUCCCUCUGCGCCAUUUUUCUCUCGUUCGUUCCCGUCUCGAUCGCGCAGAACGGCCAAGAUCACCGAGCCGACGUUGCCGUUGUCGCUGUUUCUGCUUCCCCAGAGGACAGACCGUAUCGGUUCGCCAUCAACAUCGUCGAUUUCCAGCACAAACACGAGAACAAAGAUGCCGAUGGGAUUAUCACGAGGGAGUAUGGAUUCGUAACCGUGGACGGGAUGUAUCACGAAGUUCCUUCCCUCAAAAGGGACAAAAACGAUAAUUUCGUUGUGACAAGGCGUUAUAAAAGAAUCAAAAUUCUGAAAGAUACGCAAGGGAUAUUGAAAAAUGGGGCGAAAGGUGGGAGGAAGCUGAAGGAGGCAAUAACGAGGGCGUGUCGCAGAAUCGCAGGAAAGGACAAGGCUGGAGAUGUUGCCGGCACGCGGAAUACGAUUGCGAAACCGUCGACUUCCGAUCCUUUGUUGGGAAGGAUGAGGGGCGCGUUAAUGGAAAAGGAGAGAGAUGACGGCUCGUCCCGAGAAUGGAACAAGAGUUUUUUAAAGAUACGAGAGGGAAGGCUGAUGAGAAACGUGAUCGAUCCCGCGACGAGGAAUUCGACGAAGAAGAGGGAGAAGAAAUUUAUUUCUCGCGAGAGGAAUUCAUCCGAGAGCGUGGCUGGGGACCACGUAAAUGAUCGAAGGAAUAGCGAAUGA